AUGUCAGAAUACAAGGCUCAUCAUAUGACAAAAAAGGACCGCAGACGGCUGCAAAUUCAAGGCAAAAUUCAGCGACUUGAGCAGCAAUUUGAGGCCGAUAAAGACUAUCACUAUCGAGAUGCACUCAUACAGUUACAAUACAAACUAAGCUCCUUACAUUCAGGAGACAAUCCACAGUACAUUCAAAAAGUUAGAGAUUUUGAAGAACAACGAGAUGCAGAUUUAUUGAGGCUUCGGUUGGCCGAGGAAUAUCAGGUCCAAUCUAUCAAUAAGCAAUUCAAAGAAGACUAUGAUAAGGCCUCCAAAGAAACAGAGGAUAUUGUACAGACAGUGAAACGAAAGCUCGAGGAUCGCAUAGUGAGCAAGAUCUGCCAGUUGAAAGAAGACAAAGCACUCAUCGACAUAGCGACGUCCUCCUCAUCGACUGGUCACGUGGGUACUCGAUAUCAUCAUCCUAUAAAUAUAGGAGGAAACGGCAGUACGGCAGUGCGAUCUGAAAGUGGGUACAAUUCGGGCUUUGACUCGUCAUCUUCAUUCUUUUUUUCUUCUGAUCGAAGGGUUCGCAGACAGAAGAGACACGAGGAUGGAAUCAGUUUUCUGUUACAGAGCAAUGCCGACGAUUCCUAUGAUUCUGGCACAGGUACAGGGACAGCAACAGGAUACGGAUCAAGUGGAGGUAGAAAGCGUCAAAGAACAACUCAUGGAAAGAGCAAGUCACCAGCCUCAGAUGAUGGUUCACAUAAACCUAUCCUUACAAACAAUGCUAAGCUUAAUGUGUUUUUGUAUGGAGAAGAGGUGCUCAAGAGAAAGGAGAAGGCUAGCAUGAGAUAUUCUAGCAAGGGAUAUGAAGGAUGUCCAUCAUUGAAACCACAGGAAGUUAAUGAGGAUCUGACGUUUCUUAGGAGUGCUACAGGGGUGAUACAAUCGCAUAAGAGGAGAGGUUGA